CUUUGCUCUUAAGCCAGCUCAGCUGAAGGGUUAUAAAAGUUACCAUGAUGAUGUAGUACACGUGAAAGAGAUAAUGAAGGAGCACCUGAAGAAACCAGAAAGAAAAAACAGUCAAACUGAUUCUGCAGCUGUAGCUCCAUCAAUGUCUCCGGAGAGACCGAGUCUGCUCACUGCGUUACCUGAAGAAAAUGUACAACCACAAGAUUCUGUCCAGCAGUGUGCAGAGAGGGGUAACGUUUCUGCAUUUUGUCCUGAGUCGUCAAGUGGUGGAAAAGAGAAGCCAGUGCAAGCAUUUUUUAUAGAAGUUGAAUACAGUACCAUUGCCUCUGUUGAAGACCAGCAACCUGAAGUAAACCCACAGGCAGAGCAAAUCAGUACAAAGCCCGAGAAAACCAAGAAGACAGUAUCAUUUGACUGUAAUGAGUGCGGAAAGAAUUUUCUCUGGAGACACUCACUAAAUCAGCACAAAUGUGGACAUUUAAAAGGACCUCACAGUUGUGAGCAGUGCGGUAAGAAGUUUAAAUUCUUAAAAGGAUUGGAGAAACACCUACUGCGUCACAAUUCAACCGAGAAGAAAGGACUCUGUAAAACAUGCGGGAAAACAUUUGCCAAUGUUAAGAUGCACGAACGUGUCCACCUGGACGUGAAGCCGUUUCUUUGUUCCGUAUGUGGACACGGCUUCACCGUAAAGGGAAGUUUACUGGCACACCAGAGGAUCCAUACAGGUGAAAAACCAUACAGCUGUGAGACAUGCGGGAAGCACUUUUCACAUUCGGGCAACCUCACCAAUCAUCUGACUGUUCAUCUGAAUGAGAAACCGUGGAAAUGCAGCCUCUGUGACAAGACUUUCAAAACAGAAAAACAAAUGAAUUUGCACCAGGUUGUGCACACAGGAGAGAAACCCCAUAUAUGUCAUGUAUGCGGGCAGAAGUUUGGCCACAUUACAAACCUCAGAAGGCAUCUCCUUGUGCACAGUGGUGUGAAACGACAUGUGUGUGAAAUCUGCUCCAAGCAGUUUUAUCAGAGCAAAUCUCUGAAGAGGCACAUGGCAAUACACGGAGCUCUGAAGUCAUUCAUGUGUGAAAUAUGUGGGAAGAGCUUUGUUUUUAACUAUGCUUUACAGAAACACUUACUCACACAUGGUGAGAAAUCUGGAGCAAAUCUGGAUGGCAAAUCUGGAGAUGGGAAGAACUCUUUCCCAUGUGAUGCAUGUGGAAAAUGCUACAGUUCUACCGCUUUGCUCAGAAUGCAUGAGAGACUCCACUUGGAAAAGGAUCCGUACAUGUGUAAAGUCUGCGGCAAAAGCUACAGCAGCAUGUAUUCGCUGAAGGAACAUGAGAAACUUCAUUCAGGGGUGACGCCGUUCAAGUGUAAUGUGUGUGAUAAGACUUUUACUCAGAGAGUUGGUUUGAAAACGCACGAGGUUGUUCAUACCAAAGCUAAACCUUACAAAUGUUCUGUUUGUGGGAGCAAAUUUGGACUUCCUAACAGUCUUAGACUGCAUAUGCGCAUUCACUCUGGUGAAAAGCCACACAAGUGUGAAACGUGCGGAAUGUGCUUUCGCUUAUCUGGAAACUUAAGCCGACACAAGCGGGUCCACACUGGCGAGAGGCCGUUCAGCUGUGAGAUCUGUGGGAAGAGGUUUGUACAACUUAGCCAUGUGAAGGCACAUAUGCAAAUCCACACUGGUGUGAAACCCUACACGUGCCAGAAGUGUGGGAAAAAAUAUGCGUACCGUAGAAAUUACAAUGAUCACAAAUGUAUACCUGUGUGAAAAAGAUGUUACUUUAAAGCAAUUCUGUUUUGAGCUGAAUUGUAGUGACAUUUUCUUUAUAUUUACAAUUUCUUUAAGUCAAAUGUUUGGAAAUGUCAUAAAGGUUCACUAUUUGUUAAAGACAAAAAUAUGUACAAUAUCGCAUUGUAUUUGUUUUUGCAUUUAUUUUCCUUCUUAGAAGAAAUUCUGGAUAAGUAUUAGUCAAAUUUUCAUUCAUUCCAUAGAAAAAACAUUAAUGAUCGGUUCUGAAAUCAAAUUAUUUUUAAGCCGAUUGUUAAUAUGUGAAAUCUAUAGUUCUACAGUGUGAAUUCCAAUGGCCAAGAAUAAACAGUUUGUUGAGAAUGCAAUUUUUUAAUUUUAAUUUUUGGUUGGAAAAACUAAGACAUAACUAUACCAGUGGUUAAAAGCCAAAGAGACACUGCUGUCAGGAAUAGUGUGUAUAGUGACAGAAUAUUUACUAUAAAUAAAGCAGAUAAAUUGUUGUGCAUUGUUGAAUUCUCUAACGGUUGAAUUGUCAUUACUUUUGACUUUUCCUAUGCAAACUGAUAAAUUAGUAAGUUCUCCAGCUUUUUGUAUUUCACGUUAAAUGACUUUUAUUUUGAAGUUUGCGUCGGAAGUACAGGAACUGACCAUUUGGACUGACCAAAAACAGAUAUCAAACUACUCUAUUCAUCUUAUUAAUGCCGGACACGCCAAAGCAGAGCACACCAAAGGCAUGCAGCUCUGUUGAACCUCAUCUCAACAUGAAACAAAACGACACUCAGACUCACAUGCCUGCACAGGAGAAUAAUGCAAGUAGAUGUCUUUUGGUGAAGGACAGAGCAGAAGAAAACAUUCAGACUGUAGUCAUCGGUGAUGCUGAUGACAGGCGCUGUUCUGAAGAUCAGGAAGGCGUAUCGCAGACAUCGAUUGAGCAACCUGAAAAGCCACAAGACAAAGAGUCUUUUGCAUGUGAGCAGUGUGGAAAGGCCUUUUCAAAGAUGUUUUCUCUUCUGCGACACAAACGUGUGCAUUUGGUCAUAAAGCAGCACUGCUGUGAAAAAUGUGGGAAGAAGUUCACACAAUUAAGAGCGCUAGAAACUCAUCUCCGCAAACAUACACAGAAGUUCGAGAAGAAGACAUUUCCCUGCAGUACGUGCGGGAAGAGCUUCAAGGAUCUCGCAGCUCAUGAGCGGGUUCAUGCGGAAGUCAGACCGUUUACCUGUGAUAUAUGCGGACAGGGAUUCACAGUCAAAGGAAGUUUAUACAUGCAUCAGAGGGUGCACACGGGCGAAAAACCAUACAUGUGUGAUACCUGUGGGAAAAGUUUCUCUCUGAUAGGCACACUAAACUGCCACAAGAAGUUUCAUUCAGAUGAUAGGCCAAUAAAAUGCAGCCACUGCAACAAGAGCUUCAAGUGCAAGAGUCAUUUGAGACGCCACCUUCCUGUGCACACCGGUGAGAGACGAUAUACAUGUAAAAUCUGUGGUAAAACAUUUGCGCAUCAUGAAGCUAUGACACGCCAUGUGCUCAUUCACACCGGUGAAAAGCCAUACAUAUGUGAGGUGUGUGGUAAAAGAUUUCGCCAGAGAAGUAAUUUGAAAGUCCAUAUGCGGGUGCACGAAGAGACGCAAUUUAAGUGUGAAAUGUGUGGGAAAACAUUCCAGCAUGAGUUUUUGCUACAGAACCAUAUGUUAACACACAAUCAGACUGAAAAUUCAGGAGAUAAGAGCAAUGGCCAGUUUCUGAACUCCAACUCUCCAUUUAAAAUGCAGUCAAAUUCAGAUAACAGCAAACCGUUUACAUGCAAAUUGUGUGAGAAGAGCUACAGCAACGUUUAUAAUCUUCGCAUUCAUGAGAAGCUUCAUUCAGGGGAGACCCCGUUCAAGUGUGAGAUCUGCGGUAAGGCCUACGCACUCAGGAAGUCCUUUAAAACGCAUAUGUUGUGCCAUUCAGGAGAAAGACCUUACAAAUGCAUUGCGUGCGGGAAAGCGUUCAAGUGGUCUGGCUCUCUGAAAAUGCACAUGAAGACUCAUACUGAUGAAAAAACUCACAAAUGUGAGACUUGUGGAAAGACCUUUCGCUUGUAUGGAAAUUUAAAGCGCCACAAGCGUGUCCAUGCUGCGGAGAAGACGUUCAGUUGUAAGGUCUGUGGGGAUGGUUUUCAGGAUCCCGACCAUGUUAAAGCACAUAAGCAAAUUCAUACUGGAGUGAAACCUUACACAUGCCAGAAGUGUGGGAAGAAUUAAGUACAUCUUAGACAUUACAACGAUCACAAAUGCAAACCUGUGUGAAAAAGAUGUGGUAGAAGCUUGUAACAAUUGCAGGACUCUUAUCAUAUUGUAAUAUUUACUAGGCAAAUGUUUCCAUUGUGAAAACAUUAAAAAUAAAACACUAUACUGAACAAGCUGUUGUAAAAUUUAAUGUUGCAUUUUCAAUUAUAUGGACCUAUAUCAAGUAAUUUGAUGCAUAAUAUCAGGGUACUUUCACAGAGUAUUAAUUGUUGUAUAUGUUGGCAUGAUUAUGGGAAACCUGGAAAGAUUAUAUUGAGGAAAUUGUGUGUUCCAGGCCUGAGUUUCUAGUAAUGCUCUGAUAUAAAUUAUUUAAUCACUGAUCUUUUGAAGAUCCUUGCAAAUAAAUGUUAUCGAUUCAUGCUUUUCAA